AUGAACCAGACCCAGUCGUAUAUGGAUUUGCAUCCGGCUUCGCACCUCUCUUCUGGACCUUCAUAUUCACAUUCUGUAACUACGGCUCCGUUGGGUCACUAUCAACAAUAUCAGCAGCCUCCGGUCAUUCCUCCUGCAUCGACACACUAUGGGCCUCCACAGUAUAGCAAUUAUGGAUAUGCCAAUGGCGUAACAUCUCCGCAGCCUGCAACCGGCCAUAUAGCGCAGCAAGUCCAGUCACAUAUGCCAUCGCUUCCCGCCAUGAUGACCGGCCCUGGCCCUCAACAAACUUAUGUGCCACAAGCCUCCAGUUUGCCCGCUCCUGCUCAAGGGUAUCCAGCUCAGCAAGUUCCCUUCGACACGACUGGCCAGGUUGCACCGCCUGGUAUGAAACCCAGGGUCACAGCAACAUUGUGGGAAGAUGAAGGGAGUCUGUGCUUUCAAGUCGAAGCAAAGGGUGUUUGCGUUGCCCGUCGCGAAGACAAUCACUUCAUCAAUGGGACAAAGCUACUCAAUGUCGCUGGAAUGACUCGGGGACGUCGUGACGGCAUCCUCAAGUCAGAAAAAACUCGACAUGUGGUGAAAAUCGGGCCGAUGCAUCUCAAGGGCGUCUGGAUACCCUUUGAACGUGCGCUCGACUUCGCGAAUAAGGAGAAGAUCACCGAUCUUUUGUAUCCAUUGUUUGUGCACAAUAUCGGUGGCCUCCUUUACAGUCCGGAAAACGCGCCUAGAACGAAUGCAGUUGUACAAGCAUCAACGGAGCGACGUCGAAUGGACAGUAUAGACACCACGCGGGCUUCGCAGGCUGCGCAGACGCCGUCUCUUCCACAUCAUAGUACAAUGCCGGGUGGUGGCCAAGCUCCUCCAACGCCGCACUCGAUUGCGCAGCACCCGAAUGCACCACGCCCCGGAAUAGACCGCGCCCACACAUUUCCAACGCCUCCCACAAGUGCAUCAAGUGCUAUGGGCAUGGGCAAUCAAGGCAGUUCAUAUGAUUGGGGUAACCAGAGUAUGACGAAUGGAGCAACUGGGACUCAACCUUUGUCAAUCGAAACGGGUCUAAAUGCUCGAUCCAUGCCAACGACGCCCGCGACUACCCCGCCAGGUACUGCAGGACAAGGAAUGCAUUCGUAUCAAGGCCAACCAGGCUACGACACCUCCAAGCAUUAUUACAGUACCACGCCCGGCUCUCAGACUGGUUACGUGCCGCAUACAGAUGGGAGUCGAUACGGCCAGGCCCUACCAUCUGCGCCCUACGGAAAGACUGAUAUGGGCCCACCCAUAGCACCUGGCUCAGCCAACGGAGGUGGAGAUGGUCAUGAUCACAAGGCUGACAGCUAUCCUGGACAAUCUCAUGGCUCUCAACAUGACAAUGAUCAUCCGGACGGUAGUUACAUGAGUGCCAAUGCCUCUGCGUAUAAUUCUAACCGCGGACAAUAUUCGUACGGCGCCACCGGUGACCAUCCUCAUCUGUCUCCCGAGCAGUUGUCUGGUUCUCCAACCCACCAAGCAGGCUCAGGCCAUGCCACCCCGCGGACUAUGCCUUCAGGUCAACCACAAUGGACGCCCGACUAUCAUACUCCACCAAACCGUGCACCCACUUCGAACAGUGUUUAUAAUGUCAUGGGUCGCGCUCGAACCCCGCAAGGAGGCUCUACCGACAGCUACGGCAAUCCGACAUAUUCGAGUGGAGGUCAUCACGGAGGCUUGUCAUCUGCGAAACGUGGACGAGAAGACGACGAUCAGGAUCCACCGGGCAGUCGAGAUUUUGAUGGUUACGACUCUAAGCGCCGCAAGAUGGGCCGACAAGAGACAUUUGGGAUGCCUCUGAACACAACAGCACACAUGCAAGCCAUCAAAACCGGCGGACAGCGCUAG